UCUGGAACACUGAUGAUCUUCGUUGCAGAGUUUUUUUUUGUUUCCGUCUUAAAAAAGUAAAAAUCGAGCGAAAUUGAACAUUGAAUAGAUUUUCCCGAUUUUAAUCAAUCGAACGUUUACGCAAUGUUUUUACGCCGUUCCGGUAGCCUCGCGCAGUUAUUGCGACCGGCAGUGACGGUUUCACACUUAUCGACCGCAGCCACCACCGUCCCGGAUUUAAAUCAAAGCAAGCUGGAAGAAUUUCGUACCGUCGAAAGCGAUCCAACUAAUCACAACAAAUCGCACCUGGGACGGUUCUAUACGAUCCCGUUGGAUGUUAGAAAGCAGAUCUACUUGCACGGUGGCUUUCCGAAGACCUUCGAGCGGCAGGUCAAAACUUUCACCGAAAGUUGCCUAAUGGUUCGUCAGCCAGCCAUUGAAAUCAUCGACUGCCUGCGGCGUACCGAUUUCCAACGGCCGGUGAAUCGAUUCGUGCUGUACGGCAAAGAUGGUUCUGGCAAAUCGCUAGUUUUGGCACACUUGCUGCACUACGGAUUUAAUCAGCAGUUCGUGUUGGUACACGUUCCGUGGGUACCGAACUGGAUGAAACGAGCCAAAGAAACGGCCAACUCCAGCAGUCAUGAGGGUCAGCUGGAUUUGCCUCUGGAUGGGGCAGCUUGGUUGAGUCACUUUAAACAUCAGAACCUCAAGUUGCUGACAAAGCUGGACUUGAAAGUAAGUCGGGAUUAUGUUUGGAGCAUACGAGAGACGACACCCGCCGGUGCGCCGUUGCUGGAGCUUGUUGAUCACGGUAUCAAUCGGGUGAAAUUUUCCUGUGAUGCGAUAGCGGCAAUCCUGCAAGAGUUACGGCAGCAAUCGACCGAAGGGAAACUGAAGACCAUGGUUGUUAUCGAUGGGUUCAAUGCCUUCUUCCAUCCGCACACUCGGAUUCUGGCCGAGAAUAAGGUUCGUGUGACACCGGAUAAGCUAACGCUCACGAAGCCCUUCUUGGACCUCACCGAAGCUAGCUGGUGCAACGGAGUUUGCAUCCUGGCCGUUGAUCGAAUGGCCCUGACGGAAGACCGCAUGGAAUCGGAACUGCCGAUGUAUCUGUUGCGGCGCGAGGGUUUCGAGCAUCUGGAUCCGUUCGUUCCGGUUCGGGUGGACGACUACACGGAGGAGGAGUUUUACAGCUGCAUGCAGUACUAUCUGAACCGCAGGUGGGUUCAGAUUACCGAAGCUGGUUACGAUAAGGAGCUGGAAUUCCUUAGCGGUAGAAAUCCGUUCAAGUUGAUGCAGUUGUGCGCUAGUCUGUAGGCGGGAAAAAGGUCCGUUGGUUGGUAAUAAACAGGUUUGCGUUUAGCUAAAAGGUCUAACG